AUGACCGGCGCCGACGGGGGCAAAUCGUCGAAGGUCGACCGGGUGGUCCCUCCAUUCCCCUUGUAUACGCAUUUUCCGAGUGGCAUUGAGCAGUUCAGCUAUCGGCUUUAUAACUCGAUCGAAAAUCGUCUUUGGCCGAUUCGCCCGGUAUACUAUGGUGUCGCCACGGGUGCUGUCGCUGCAUAUCAUUGGCGCAACUCGAAUAACCUGAUCAUCGGGCUACUUCCGAAAUCGACAUCUCCAUUCCUAGAGGCGUUGAAAGUGGGCGCUGUCUCGAUCAUCACUGCCUACGCCCCAGUCUUCCUGAUCCGUCGUUUCCUGAAGUACUUCUACUUCUCGUACAAGGGAUUCUUGUUUGACAAUCCGAAGAAGCCAUCUGCGGCCACGAGGUUCUGGGGUGUGAUUCGCGCCCUACUGUCGUUCUCGCCUCCGCGACUGCAGUCUUGUGAACAAUUGCUACCGAAGCAACCCGUUCCUGAUUUGAAAGCGUCGGUUGCGAAGUAUUUGGAAAGCAUUCGCUACAUCGUCUCCGAGGAGGAGUUCACACGGAUUUCGCAAGAAGCGAACGUCUUCCUGAAGAACGAGGGCAGAAAACUACAACUCUAUGCCAAGCUCUAUAAUCUUUUCACAACGAACUAUAUUUCGGAUUUCUGGCGGAAAUACGUUUAUCUUUACGGAAGGGACCCGUUGCUGAUCAAUUCAUCCGUAGCCCAUGUUGACUUGUUCCGCGACUCGCCAGCUCUCAUGGCUGUUCGUGCAGCUCAUGUUGUCGCCAUCGAGAUGUUGAGCCAUCUGGCAAUUGACCGUCAGAAUUACAAACCGCUGGGUGAUGGUCUCGUUUGCGCUUGUCAUUACGACUACAUGUAUGCUGUCAAUCGUGUUCCUGGUGAAGAAAUCGACCAUCUUGUUGAUUACGGAAUCAGCAAACACGUGGCCGUCCUUGUCAAGGGCAACAUUUACCGUGUGCAGUUUUGUGAUGCCAACCGUCGGCUUUACACCUUGGACGAGCUUACGAAGAUCUUCGAUGAACUUUUCACCCGUGCCGCACAGGAGGAGGAAACUGGACCAUUGGCUCAUAUCUGUGCUUUGACCUCGGACAACCGCACCAAAUGGAAUGAAAACAGGAUCAAGUUCUUCCUACGGAAUCAGAAGAACAAGGAGGCGCUUGAGAUAAUCGAGAGUGCGCUCUUCUUCUUCGUUAUCGAGGACACUGAAGGCUACGAUUAUCAAGCGAGCAAUCCGGGAGCCCUCGAUGCUUUCAUGAAAGGAAUGCUGACUGGUAACGGCUCGAAUCGUUGGGCUGACAAAUCGUUGAACUACAUUAUGAACAAGAAUACCCGGUGCGGCGGCACCACCGAACACAGUAUUGCUGACGGCUCCGAAUUCGAUCACAUUAUGGAAAACUUUGUUUAUAUGGAUACAAAGGUCUUCAAGUAUCCUCCACUGGAAGAGCAGGAAAAGAUGCUGUCGGGCGGACGAUUUGCCAAAGAAGAGGGACUGAUGCUUGCCGAGAAGCUGGACCUCGUUUUGGUCAACGCAGAGAUGUCUGAAGAAAUCUCGCGUUGUCAUCUCUCGGCGAUUAAUGCUGGAGCAAACGUGGAUAUGGCAUGUUUGAUUUAUCGCGAAUGGGGCAAGGGCAGGAUCAAGAAGUGCGGCUGCAGCCCGGAUGCUUUCGUUCAGAUGGCCCUCCAGCUUGCCGUAUACCGCGACCAAGGUCGCUUCGUCUUCACCUACGAACCGGCCUCUGUGCGCUUCUACCGUAAUUCACGCACAGAAACUUUGCGAACGGUCGGCGAAGAAUCAUGCAAAUUUGUGCUAGCGAUGCAGGAUCAAACGAUUGAGAAGUCGGAAAAGAUUCGUCUGCUGAGGAAGGCCUGUGAGCGUCAUGUGAACAAGAAUAAGGAGUGCAUGAUUGGCCAAGGCAUUGACCGGCACCUCUUUGUCCUCUAUGUGCUUUCGAAGGGCACCGGCAUUGCUUCCCCGUUCUUGGAGACGGUCUUCAGCCAGAAGUGGUUCCUAUCUACCAGCCAUGUCCCAAAUGUCACCAACCAAAAUGACGAGGACACUGAUGCCGACUUCUCUUGGCUUGGUGCCUGCUUUGGAGCCGUGACGACUGACGGUUAUGGAGUCUGCUAUCGUUUCGCCGGCAACCACUCGAUUUGCGCUCAUAUCACCAGCUACCAUUCCGCCUCGAAUACGGAUUCUCAUCGUUUCCAACGCACCCUCGUCGACGCCCUGAACGAGAUGGCCGAGCUCUUCGAA